UACGUCACCACCAUAAUAAAUCUCACUCUUGAUCACCUUUCCCACCUUUUUAUCAAACCUCAACCAUAUAUGGCUCUGGAAAUUGUUUGCAUCUUUUCUAGAAUGACUUAAGAAGAGUUGACAAAAGCUUUCAUUCCCUUCUCCCAGUCUCAAGGUAUUUCAAUUUAAUCUCCUCAAAGUGGAUUGUGGUUCUGAAGCUUCAUAGGACACCAGGAAGAAACAAUGGGAAAACAUUUACAGCGGAAUGACUCCAUUGUUGACGGGAACUAUCCAGGCUGCUUGUGCGGCAUAAUGCAUUUUCUUGACCACCAUCACUGGCAAAGUGUCAAAAAAUUGAUGCCUCACAAAAAGAACGGUGGAAAAAGACGCAUCAAACACAAUGGAAAUAAGAAAAGAAUUUCAAAGAACAGUGGCUCUGAUGAAGUGUUUAUUAUUGAUACAGCUGAUGCAGAACCCUUUCUGGUCAGGCAACAGAGUACAGAUUCAGUUCCUGCAAGCAGGUCUGGAAGAUCUCGCGUUAAACCGCAUAGAGGCUGGAUUCUGAGCUUCCCAAUGCGGUCAUGGUUGCAAAGAGCUAAUCCAGUUCAUCAUUCAGAGUCUUCAGAAAAUUAUUUGGGCCAUACAGGUACUGGUAAGGGAAAACCAGAUACUGUCAGUGAUAUAGUAAACGACUCCAAUAUAAGCCAGGAUAUAAUGAAAGAUAGCCAGCUGAGUACAAAUAUUUCCAAUCAAAACCAUCUCAAUGAUUGUGUUGACAUACUGGAGAUCUUCAAGGUAAACAAAGAAUUUUUCUUGAAGUUACUGCAAGGUCCGGAUGUUCGCAAAAACCAAUUCCAUGGCCUCAAGAAUUCCAAUAUCAAGGUUCGAUUAACCAAAUCAAGAUCAUUUCCUGUACCCAAUUCUUCACAAACUAGAAAUAUCAGGCCUAGUACACUUAAGCACAAGCAAAAUGAAGUUUGGUUCUUCCUGAAUGGAGAAAAAGCAGUCGCGGGCACUCAAGCGCUCAAGUUGGAAGGUUCAGAGUUUCAAAAGGAUCAUUAUACAAAGUCCACAACAGCAGAUGGUGAUACAAUAGACAGUGUCAAUAGCCAUGGAUGGAAUCAAUUGGUUUUGAACCGUUUCAGAAUUAUCAAGCAGAAAAUAAAGCAAGCACUCAAGGAGAGCAAAACAGAAAAUGGCCACACACCUGAAGCCAGUUACCAAGGUGACAUUUUUGGAGGUAGGAACUCCAUUGAUGGGAGAGAGAUGUCUGAAAGACUGGAGAUAACUAUUGGCCAAGAUGAUAACAAGAAUGAUGAUCUCAGAAGGCGAAGACUCCACCGUGUGAGAAGAACAUCUUCUCUAAAUGAAUCAUUAGAUAGAUAUACUCAGUUGUUUGAAAACACUUUAGGUAGUAGGGUGGUGCCCAAGUACAGCCAUUCUAGGAGCCUAAGAGUGACAGUUGAAGAAAAAGUUACUUCUAAUACUCGAAAAUCCUGCAGAAGGAAUCUGUCUCUUCCUGAUCUCGCCUUUUCUUCCUUUCUGAAUGGCACAUCCCAUGAUGCGCCUUUUCGUUUAGGAAUGCCAAUUAAGACUCUAGUGGAUCAUAGAACAAGUAAAGAUAGAGACAAUCAGAGUGGUCCAUAUCACUCUGAACCCUUAGAAGCUGUUCUAGAGAUUGAAUUGCAGAGAAGUGAAAGCAGUGAAAAUUUUGAAUACUCAGACAGCUUAACUGUGAAUGGAAGUGAAAAGAGAAUCUCUAUUACAGAUGCCAAUGUUAAGGAUGAAGAUGAGUCAGCUACAGCUACAGCUAGAGAAAGCCGUGAUCAUCAAGAGGAAGAGAUUAGUGUGACAAUGGAUCCAAAAGAAGAGCUUUUACAAGCAAAUUAUGAAUCAGUUAUUGAAAAUCGUCAAUCGAAUGACUUAACCAGCUCUACAGAGUUCCUUACAUCAGAAGACCCGGAAUUUUCACUCCUCCAAGAAGACAUUACCGAAAUCAAAAUCACAACCGGAGGCAGCAACCUUUCUUGUCGCUUUGAGUCCGAAAUGACCGAAAACGCUGAGUUCAACUACGUUCAAUUUCUACUCCACGUGUCUGGCUUCACGGUCAACGACGAGCAGGAUUGGGCAUGGCACUCGCUAGACCAACCACUAAGUCCUUCCCUUUUCAAGGAGAUGGAAGAAGAGGAGAACUGCUUUGGCCAUGAUCUCAUCAUCAGUGAAGAAGAAGAAGUUGCAGACACUGCUAGCUUCAUCAGCCGCCAUAUUCUGUUUGACUUGGUGAACGAGACACUUGGGAAGAUGAUUGAGAAAUCUUACACAUACUUCCCCAGAGAAUUUUCGUUCGGGUCGACCAUUCGUCGAACACAUAAGGGGCAACAUCUAGUGGAAGAGGUGUGGGAAAGAACGAACAAAAGUUUGACGCUGAGGCCGGAGUUGGACCAGACACUGGACGAUGUGGUGGCUCGAGACUUGGCCAAGGGACAAGGUUGGAUGCACGUGCAGUGGGAGUCGGAAACAGUGGCGCUGGAACUUGAGGAUUUGAUCUUUGAUCAACUAUUGGAUGAAAUCAUAUUUUGAUUCUUCAUUUUCACCAUCAAAUUUUGUAAUACAGUAUACGUAUACAUAUGUAAAUAUAUAUUUCUUGAUGAAACUAGCUAGGAUAAUUAUAUGAAUUUUUUUU